GCUGUUUUCAUCAAUUCAAUUGGCGCCUUUAUCUGGUGUUUUUACACAUUCGACCGUUAACUAGAAGAACUUCCCCAGAGGAGACAGAGGGAAGGAGAGCUGGAUGAAGUCAAGAUUUUAAAGUCAAGUAAGCAUUAGGUUUACUUACACUGAUGUGGUAUGUGAUACUUUGGUCAAUCAACAUGAACCAGUGGCUCGUCAUUUCAAUAUCGGUGACAUUGCUGUGGAGUCUACAAGCAACGUUUACUGAAACAUAUGAUGUGGUGUGUCUUGGUACCCAGAAUGGACUGAGCUCCACAGGCUCUCAGGAGAAUCAAUACAAUCUGAUCAAGGAACGCUACGACAACUGUGAAAUCAUCAUGGGAAACCUGGAAGUCACACAGAUUGAGAGCAACUGGGACUUCUCUUUCCUUAAGACAAUCCGUGAAGUGACUGGCUACGUGCUCAUCGCCAUGAAUCACUUUCAGGAAAUUCCCCUUGAGCAACUGCGGGUCAUCAGAGGAAGCAGUCUUUAUGAAAGGCGCUUUGCCCUUUCUGUUUUCUUCAACUAUCCCAAGGACGGAUCCAAUGGCCUGCGGCAGCUCGGCCUCGCUAAUCUAACAGAGAUUUUGGAGGGAGGAGUUCAAAUAAUUAACAAUAAAUACUUGAGUUAUAGUCCGUGGGUCUACUGGCAAGAUAUAAUCAGGGAUGGCAAUGCUCCUGUUGAUAUCUACUACAAUGGCCAGAGAGGGCUGUGCCACAAAUCUUGUGGGAAUUAUUGCUGGGGGCCAAAUGAGAAGCAGUGUCAGAUCUUGACCAAGACGGUGUGCGCUCCACAGUGUAACGGUCGUUGUUUUGGGACGAGCCCCAGGGACUGCUGUCACAUUGAGUGUGCAGCGGGAUGCACAGGCCCUCUGGAUGUGGACUGUUUUGCAUGUCGCCAUUUCAACGACUCCGGAGCCUGCGUGCCUCAGUGCCCACAAGCUCUCAUCUAUAACAAGCAAACUUUUCAGAUGGAGACUAACCCAGAUGCCAAAUAUCAAUAUGGAUCCAUUUGUGUCUCUCAGUGCCCCACUCAUUUUGUGGUGGACGGGAGCUCCUGCGUGAGCGUCUGUCCUCCAGACAAGAUGGAGGUGGAGAGAGAGGGACACAGACGUUGUGAGCCCUGCAUUGGACUCUGCCCGAAAGUAUGUGAAGGCACAGGUGCGGAACACAGGCAGACUGUGGACUCCAGUAACAUUGACAGCUUCAUCAAUUGCACCAAAAUCCAAGGAAGUCUUCAUUUCCUGGUCACAGGCAUUCUCGGAGACGACUUUAAGAAGAUCCCACCUCUGGAUGCUAAGAAGCUGGAAGUGUUCCGCACUGUUCGAGAGAUAACAGAUAUCCUCAACAUCCAGUCGUGGCCAAACGAGCUCAGUGAUUUAUCCGUUUUUUCAAGUCUCACCACCAUUCAAGGAAGGUCACUUCACAAGCGUUUUUCCCUGAUGGUGAUGCGAAUUUCCACGCUCACCUCGCUUGGUCUGCGCUCUCUCCGAGAGAUCAGCGACGGCAGCGUGUACAUCAGUCAGAACGCCAAGCUGUGCUACCACCACACUGUGAACUGGGCCAAGCUGUUCAGAGGGCGACGUCUACGAGUCAACAGCAUCAACAGCAACAGACCACUGGCGGAAUGUGUUGCGGAGGGUCAUGUGUGCGACCCGCUGUGUUCAAGCUCCGGUUGCUGGGGCCCGGGACCCGACCAGUGUCUCUCCUGCCGGAACUACAGCCGAAAUGGCACAUGUGUGGACAGCUGUCAUUUUGAUACUGGAUCCUCAAGAGAAUUUGCGAGGGCUGACGGAGAAUGCGUUUUCUGUCACUCGGAGUGUAAACAUCUGCAUGGGAAGGCCAGCUGCACAGGGCCGGGCGCAUAUGAAUGUGCCGCGUGCGCCAACCUUCGAGAUGGUCCAUACUGCAUGUCGUCUUGCCCUGCUGGGGUGAACGAUGGCCAGCGAGGGCUCAUCUUCAAGUAUCCCAACAAGGAAGGUCACUGUGAACCAUGUCACCAAAAUUGCACCCAAGGGUGCACAGGCCCAGGACUCAGUGAUUGUUUGGAGACGGUGAGGCUGACUGCUAGCAGUGGCCAGAUCACAAGCAUCGCCUUAGGUGUGCCAGCUGGCUCAAUAUUCUGCCUGGUGUUGUUUUUCUUGGGCGUGCUGUACCACCGAGGGCUGGCCAUCCGCCGCAAGAGAGCCAUGAGGAGGUACCUUGAGAGCGGAGAGAGUUUUGAGCCACUGGGUCCCGGGGAGAAAGGAACCAAGGUUCACACCCACAUCCUGAAGUCAUCGGAGCUAAAAAAGCUCAAAGUCCUCGGUUCUGGUGUCUUUGGCACAGUACACAGGGGGGUUUGGACUCCAGAUGGAGAGACGGUGAAGAUCCCGGUGGCCAUCAAGACGAUCCAGGACAGCUCAGGCCGCCAGACCUUCACGGAGAUAACAGAUCACAUGCUGUCCAUGGGCAGCCUGGACCACCCCUACAUCGUGAGACUUUUGGGCAUCUGUCCGGGCUCCAGUCUGCAUCUGGUCACCCAGCUCAGUUCAUUGGGCUCCUUACUGGAGCACAUCAGGCAGCACAAGAACAGCCUAGGCCCCCAGCGCUUGCUCAACUGGUGUGUGCAAAUAGCCAAAGGUAUGUACUACCUGGAGGAGCACCGUGUGGUACACAGAAACCUGGCGGCACGCAACAUCCUACUGAAGAACAACUACCAGGUGCAGAUCUCGGACUACGCCAUAGCAGAUCUCCUUUCCCCUGAUGACAAGAAAUUCAUCUACACAAACACCAAGACUCCGAUCAAAUGGAUGGCUCUUGAAAGCAUCUUGUUUCGAAGAUACACUCAUCAAAGUGACGUGUGGAGUUUUGGAGUGACAGUAUGGGAGAUGAUGUCUUUUGGGGCGGAACCUUAUGGGUCGGCACAAGCCCAGGAAGUGCCGUGUCUGCUGGAGAAGGGUGAACGUCUGUCGCAACCUCACAUCUGCACCAUCGACGUCUACAUGGUCAUGGUCAAAUGUUGGAUGAUCGAUGAAAAUAUAAGGCCCACCUUCAAAGAGCUGGCAAGUGACUUUACACGCAUGGCAAGAGACCCACCCAGAUACCUUGUGAUCAAGCUGGACGGAGAGGACAAUAGCUCGCGGGAUGCCCAUCGGAGCGAUUCUGAACGAGGGCUGCUUCACUCAGAUUUGGUGGAUGAUGAUGAGGACACCCUGGAGGAAGGUUUUGCCACCCCUCCUCUGCAACAUUCGCCUUCAUGGAGUCUCUCUCGCUCAAGGAUGAACUCGUACAAGAGCGGCACCUCUCACGUCGGACCUGUUGGAUACCUACCGAUGACUCCAAGUCCUGCAGAAAGCGUCCGUCAGUUGCGCUUCCAAAGGUUCCGCCGAAGCUCGGUCCGAACGCUGCCUGAAAGGUCAGAGGUCAAAGGGUGCGGCAGGGAGGCACAGUGGCGUGAUGAAAGCUUCAGGACAGGCGCUCCUCACAGGACACGGCUUGGCUCUGAAAGGGCUGCCCCUCAUGUAUGUAGCGGAAGGCACAGAAAGCUCUCCACGGCAUCCAGCCCAUCUUCAUACAAGGUGUGGACAUCCGGCGAGAAAGAAAUUGACAAAGAGGAGGAGGCGGCGGACGCAGACCACUAUGGUUACGUCCUUCCUGGAUCCCAUUGCACUCCAGAACGAGCUGCAAAAGUCACCCGACAAUUGGACAAGGUGAAAAAUUUGGCUCUGGAGUAUGAAGUGAUGAGCCACAAAUUUGAUGCUGCUCUUGACUCGGCCGACGACAACUUCUCAUCGUUGGUUCAUGAAACGCCACCGUCUCCAACUGCUGUCACUCUAUUACCAGCCCCUGAGGACACCUUGACGCCGGUUCUAGCCACAGAGAAUCAGCGGGUAAACGACAACUGCGGGGACCAUUUAGCAGACUCCGCAGAGAAACUUGAGUUGAGUCGGCAGAAGCAGAUCCAAGCUGUGGAGGGCCGUGUGGAGGCACUUCAGGGGAAAGGCAGGUACGAAUAUAUGGACAUUAGACGCUCUGACUCUACCGAGGAAGAGGCGCCGGCGCAGCGGAGGUAUGGGACAUCUGAUUCAUGCGAGCAAGAGGAUGUUCAAUUAGGAGAUGCACAGCACACAGAUAAUCAACAAACUCUUCCGGGGAAUGUCAGUAGCUUGCAGCAGCCAGAUGUGGUCGCCGAAGAGGAAAAGAGCCAGUAUGAGGAGAUGGCUCCGUUUGAAGGCGUAGCCAGUGGGUGGGAGCAGAAGCUGCCAGCAAAGGGGGAGGUGGGCAGCGGCAGGUGCGCGGGGAUCGGGGCAUACAUCAGGGUGUGCGCAGGCAUGGGUGAGCCUGGCAGCAGCUCAUCGUUUGACAACCCCGACUACUGGCACAGCAGACUUUUCCUCAAGCCAGAUGCCGUACGUACGUAAGGAUGUGGAUGCAGUCGAGCGUUUUGUUCUGCAGUGUGUGCUUUGCGAAGAUUUCUUUGUUCCAGCAUCAGGAAAUGCACCAAAAGUCAAGUCUCAUUUCUCUGUGUGAUGACAUCGAGCAGGCACCGACAGACGAGUGCUUUUACAGAGAUGUACUAACAGCAUUUCUGUUCAUUGCCAUUUUUGUGCCUUCCAGCGAAUGAAUGAAUCAUGGCUGUCAUUUUGGAAGUCACAGAUUGUUUCACUAAUGCUGUACACAGCAGGAUGUCAAUGACUGUCUUGUUUCGUUUAGGGCUUUUUUUACACUCUUUUCCCAUGUAUUUGUUAAAUAAAACUCAGAUAUUGGCUUCCAGAAAAGAAUCGGCCCUUUGAGUUCUUUCCAAAAUGCUAAUUGCUAAAUAAAUGAACCCGAGUUGUUA